AUGGCGUGCCGCCGGGGAGCUUUGCUGCUGUCCGCCGUCCUCCUAGCAGUGGGGCCAGGCUUCAUCGGCUUUCGACGGCCAACCUGGAGGUCUCCGAAACCGCUCCGAGCUGCGGCUGUCGACCUGCCGCCGCCGCCCACCGAGGUCUCCGAAGGAGGCGGCGGCGAAGAAUAUGAGAUACGCUUCGUCGACAACCAGGAGCGCGACCAGAUAGCGCGGCAAUGGCUGACACUAGCAUCAGAAGAGGAUCGUGAGGUCAUCGAAAAGCAGGUGCUGCCCUUCCGCUCCACGCAGUACUUCACGGGGAAGAGCCGACUUUGUAUCGGCGCCUUUGUGGGUGGCAGCUGCCGUGGCCUUGGCCUCACGGAGGUGCGCAUGGACAUUCAGGACCUUGCUGCCUUCUUCAUGGACAAGCGCGUCUUGAAAGUUCUUGCCCUGGUCACGAAGCCCCGUGUGCAGACUGAAGCCGCGCCUCUGAUCCUGCAGGCAGCCAAGCAGAUGGCGGCGGAGACCGGCUACCGAGCUGACUUCGAGCCGCUUCAAGAGCAGAGCGGUGGCCGCUACUGGGUCCUCGCAAGAUCUCUCUUUGAGCUCUGA